AAGGGAACUUACUCUAAGUUACAGCCGCUAUAUUUAUAUAUAGCAUAGCUUUAAUUUAUUCUCACGAGAUCAAGUUAAAGCAGAAUCUUAAUCGCAUUUAGAGAAAAUUACUUUGAAUUCAUGAUCAGUUCACGUUAUUACGUUGCAACCUAGGAGUAAGGCCUGCCUCUUUCAAAAACACAGUUACCGUUUGACCUGCAUCCUGGCGAUUUCUUGACCAUAUUAAGAUUUUUAUGGAGCGGUCAUUGCCCAACGAUACGCAUACGUAAACUUGUGUGGGAGACCCAACUUGUGAGCCGACAAUACAUUUUCUUCCACGACAGAUAUUCACCGGUUAUCUUGGCGAGAAGUAGCCAACACUGACUUGUUAGUUAAUAAACACGUUCAUUUUGAGUUUGUGUUAAUCGAAGACAUGGAGUCUGUUAAAAAAUUAUAUAUUUGCGCUGUAGUUCUGGUAGUCCUGCUGGCUGUUCCUCUAUCAGCGCAAGUGAGACCCUCUCGCUGUCCUACCAACAAGAUAGCGCCACAUAGAAGAGUUCCAAACUGGCAGACCAGAAUCCGAGGUCGGACCUUCGGAGGAGCAUUCAUAGACUUGCUGUCUCACGACGGGGUGAGGCCUCAGGAGCUCCCACAAAAUAAUCUGCAAGAGAAACCUCAAGAGGACGAUCCAGAUGAUUGCGGAGACAUAGAAGAUUAUGAUGAAAACGAUUUGAGCUUAGUAACGCAGAAACUACACAAAAGGCAAGGCAAGCAGCACCAGCGCUUCUUCUUCAACCUGUUCAACAAGCCUUCGGAUACUCUGACGACGAGGACGCGGCCUCCGACCACGUCUUCCCUGCCUCCCGCCCUCCCCCCUCUGCCGUCAUAUUCGGCAGUCUCCCCCUUCUGGUCAGGGGGCUUGUUCGGAAGUAACCCCUAUCGCCCGCCACGACCUGAGAAUCCAUCAGAUAGCAUCAAACCUGUCCAUGAGCAUGAAGCAUCAGAGAGCCAGACCACCUACUGGCCAAGCCUAGUCGGGGGUCCCCUUGGGAACAUAGUAGGUGCCUCACCAGCCAUACCCACCUUCACAGCCGCUGCAAUAACGACUCCGGGCACCCACACAACUGGAACCAAUCCACUAAGAUAUACUCGACGUCCUAGGCCCACAUAUCCAAACAGUGGAAACACAGUUGUAAGAUCGUUUGUAGAUUUGUUCAUUUAAAAUAAACUUCUUGAAAUUACGAGUAACAUUCGUUGAUCAUCUUUGCAUAACACAUGGAAUUGACCUUUCAUUGUUUUAUGUCGUCACAAAAUGGCAAAUAAUUCAAGCGUAACCUUCGCAGAAAAUAUCAAGCGUUAACCUUUCGUCGUCAUUCUGAAAGUGUCUUAAGACGUGAACACAGGAACUUUAGCUAGGAUACAUUUGCAAGGAAUUUCGCUAGACUUCCCAUAUUAUCGUGACUAAUUAAUCAAAUACCAUCUACCUACGUAGUAUUGAGUGUUGUGUAGUAAUGGAAAACGCGUGACAGUCUCCACUUAAGGACCUGAGGCUCGAGGCACGUGUCUGUAUUUUGAGCCAUUUUAAUUCAUUAGAUCAUUAUAUAUAUUGGUGAUAUCACCGACGACGGCUAGGUCUGAAAUGUAAAAUUUAGCGCGGCAAAAGUGUGAGUGAGACUCGCGGAGUGGUUGUGUGGUUUUUUUGUUGUUCUACACCCUCAACAUGUCUAGUGCAAUUUUGAGUGCAAUUGCAGCGGUAAUAUUAUAUGCAUUGAUUUGUAUAAACGGAG